CUGUAGCUUUAUCCUUCUCUGCUCUCUUAAUUAUUUUACUAACUAUGGUACUGAAGACUCUCACAGGUGGAUGGUCUCUUUUCUUCCUGGCUGCUGUUAUUCCUGGUGUACACCUCCAGGAAUACAGCAGCUCUAUCCAGCCUACCUUAAGCACUGAGCAGGCCACCGAGACUCUGCCCUACCAACCCUCUGAGGCCGUACAUCCAAUAGUCAUCCAGGAGAACAGCAGCUCCAUCCAGCACCUCUCCAGCUCCGAGCUGCCCAUUGAAUUUCGGAUCUUCCAUCCAGUCCUUCAGCCCUCUGAGUCUAUCCCUCCUAUAGGGACCUACACACUGAUCAACCUUACUGGUAUACCAUGCAUCAAAGCCAAGAUGGGGGUUGAGUACAUAAUCACUGAAAAGAAGACCUGGUACUUGAGCCUGGACCCGAGCAGAGUUAGGACCACCGGGUUCUGUGAUAAAGAUAAUGCUGUUCUCUGCCUCACACUGCCGAACAGCGCAGCCAGUCUGCAGUUCGUCUUCAGAAAGGAGAAGGACAUCUUCUGGGUCACCAAGCUGACCGCUCAUGUGAAUCCUAUGCCUGUCUGCAACAAAUGUGCAAAUAGGACUUACUCAGGCCUGCUGGACAAUGAAAAGCUGUUUGCUACAGCUACAGGAUACAGCUACAAGUGCCAUUCUGAGAAUGUGUUCAAGAUGUCCUCAGAGCUGAAGAUCAAGCUGGUUCCUCUGCAGCUGCAGGCCUUCAAUCUGUCCAAAGGGGGGUUUGGAAAAGAGGUGGAGUGCUGGGCAGACUACUACAAGCGAGUCGUCCCCAUCAUCAUCGGGGCCGUAGUGGUGUGCAUCAUUCUGGCAGCUGUGAUAGCCUUCCUCAUCAUCAGAGACCGCCGGACAGAAGGCUACGACCGCCUCUGAGCUCCUAUGAAACUUGAUGGAGAUGUAUUCAAGCUCGAUGAAUACUGCUUUUUGUUUCUGUUAUUAAAGCUUUGUGAAACUUUCUCGACUUAACUUGAAUGUGACAUUUUGCUUCUGGGAUUCUUCCAAGAACUAUAAAGGUCUAAUGUUUGAUUGUA